AUUGGAACCUAGUGGCUGUUUCGUCUUUCUAGGUCAAACCCCACGAAUAUCUUAGACACACUGCACCCAACUAUAAAAAUUAGUUAAUUGUCCGUCUCACGUUACUUUUUUGUAGAUGGAUUUUUUUAGGUAUCCAUUCUUACGUCGGAUGAGAAGCACAUCAAGAAAAGGAAUAGUUGUUUCUAAUUCCUUCUCUAUGGUGGACUUGAGGGUUGGAUAACAUUCAUUGAGUGAACGAAAAACACCGUCUAAAUCUACAACUUUGUCACAGAUAACAAACGUGUCACCCAUACAUCUAUAAAAGUCAAAGCGAUUCAUAGUUUUGACAAGGUUGAGAAUUCUCUAGUUUCGACAUGAAAGUGUCUGCUAAUAAUGGUCCCAAUGGUUGAUUGUAUCUAUGCUGUAAAUUUUGAUUAGUGUUACAAUCUACUAAUCAUGUCUUCUGCUAUUGAGAAUUACAAUACUGUAACAACAGACAGUAUAAUCGGAGGAUUUACAGUAAUUACUGAAAAAGUUCAACCAAGACUACUGAAUGUCCAAGAAAUUCUUCCCUUUUGGAUAUCAAAUUCAAUAAAAUUUCCAGCUGAUCUUAAUCAAUCUUAUUCAAUGGAUAAAAUAUCAAAAAUGAGUGAAUUUUUAAAAUUACGUCUUAAUGAAAUGGGUAUUAUUCAAUUAUUUCCUGUUCAAUUUACAUUAAUCCCAUAUAUAUUAGAUUGUUAUUUUACAUCUAAAUAUCGACCAUUAUGUCGUCCAAGAGAUAUAUGUAUUUGUGCACCAACUGGAAGUGGAAAAACACUUGCCUAUACUAUACCAAUUGUUCAACUACUUAUGAGUAGAGUGCAUAGAUGUAUUCGAGCUUUAAUUAUUGUUCCAGUGAGAGAUUUAGCUGUACAAGUGUAUAAAAUAAUUAGUCAACUUGUUCUUGGAACAGAUAUCAAGGUUGGUGUACUUGCUGGUAUUCAAAGCUUUAAUAAAGAACAAGAAGAUAUUAUUGACACUACAACAGAAAGUUAUACAGCUAAAGUUGAUAUUGUAGUCGCUACGCCUGGACGUUUAGUGGAUCAUUUAUACAAUACACCUGGUUUCAGUAUGGAACGUUUAAGGAUAUUGGUUAUUGAUGAAGCUGACAGAGUGAUUGUUGAGGAGAAACAAAAUUGGUAUCGUACUUUAGAAGAUGUUUUGUAUUAUUAUACUUCAUCUACUAAUCAAAGUAAUUGGUCCACUGUUACUACGCGUAAACGGUGUAGACCACUACCAACUAUUGGUUAUCAUUAUGAUAGGAGUGGUGAUGUUACUUUGCAAAAGAUACUUGUUUCAGCCACACUUACUCAUGAUCCUGAGCCAUUGAAACAGUUCAGUCUAUACUUUCCAAUUCUAUUCACCUCAGAUCAAACCUACCCAAUUGUUGAAAACAAAAUGCUUACGAACACCACCACGACAACGACAACAACAACAAAUACUUCUAAAGCAAAGGAACGAAUAAAGAAAAAUGAUGUUGAAAAAACAAUCGAUAAUAUUCAGUUAAAAAAGAAUGAGAGUUCUACACCUGCCACAACAACAAUUACUACUACUUCUGGUGGUGUUGGUGUUGGAGAGUUUUUUACCCCUCAAAAUUUACAGGAAUUCUUAGUUACUACAAAACCAGAUAUUCGUGUAUUAUUUCUUGUACACUUGAUACGUCAAAUGCAUAAGAAGCGUAUUCUUUGCUUUACAAAUACUACAAAUUGUGCUAAACGCUUAAAUAUGCUUUUAACUAAUUUUCAAGAUAUACACAGUAAAUUCUUAUCAAGUCAUUUACAUCCAGAUAAACGUCAAAGAAUAUUGAAUUCAUUCAGUAAUGGAAUGUGUCAAAUUCUAGUUUGUACCGAUGCUAUGGCUCGUGGUAUGGAUAUUGAAGAUGUUGAAUGUGUGGUAUCCUAUGAUGUACCGCCUAGUAUAAAAACGUAUAUACAUCGAAUUGGUCGUACAGCAAGAGCAGGCAAAAAAGGCAUGGCUUACACAUUACUUUCCAAUAAUCAAUUUCAUCAUUUCAAGAAAGAUCUUAAACGUGUUGGUCAUAAAAAAAUAAAACAGUUACAAUUCCAUCAAAGUCAAUGGUCACAAUUCAAUGCAGAAUAUCAAAUUGCCCUAAGAAACUAUGAAAAUCACAUUAAGUCUCUAGGUAAAAAUUCAUCAGUAAUGUCUGCGAAACAAGAUGGUCAUAACAGAAAUAUCUCCGAAAAUGGACUUCAGAAAACGAACAAUACGAAAGUCAAACACAAAAAGAAUAAACGAAUGCUAGAUGAGAACUUUAAAAAGACAUAACUUUAUUCUGAAGAGAUUUUGUCACCUGUCAACUUGUCAUUUGUACAGCUUCCCAGGUGUAUCUAUCAAAGUGUUGCCUUAAAUAUUCUUGAUAAAUACAUUUUUUGAAGAUG